AAAUUGAUAAUAUUGAGCACUUCCGUCGUAGGAAAAACAACAUCGACAUAUUCAGACUUCAGCGUAUUUUAACUCAUAUUUCAGUGCCAGUACUUCUUUAUUCUAACAAAUUGUUGUUGUAUAUGGUCAGUGACGUUCAUGCUGUUGGAUAAUCCUGUUAUUCUGGACAUCAUUCCAUGAAAUGGAUCAGCACUAUCUAAGUAUUGAUUUAAUUAGUCGGAACUUGAGAACUGGUGAAGUAGAGAAGGAAAUGAAGAGCAAUAAUUUCAACGAAAAUAACCAUUUUAGUGAAAUGUCAACAAAAUAAGUUGGAAAUCCUUUAUUAAUUCCAGAUAUUGAUUUUGCAAGUAACUUAACUGAUUAUUCAAGGAACUUAGGAAGAACUAGAAUGAAAUCUACCUACACUAACUCUUAUAAGGAGAUACUUAUCUUGGAAGGCUGAUGUCUGAUUAAUUUGACAAGGUUUAGACUAAUUGCAUUAGUCUUAUCAGACAGACCACAUGUUUCUAAUGAAUCUGAUUAGGACAAAUAUGAAACUGCUGUAAUCAGCUGCCUAUAAAAAUGGUCAAAUUAUCUGCUACACUGGAAUAACAAAUAUUGAUAGGGCACUUGAUAUUCCAAACACAACUCAGAAGCCUUGUCACGCACUUCAAGAGAAUGUCAGUGCAGUCAGAAAUGUGUCAGGCGCCAACAGCUCAGGAUAUUGGCUGUGUGGAGAAAGUUGUGAUAUCCAGAAAUAUGGGUGAACCAUAUCGCUCAAAACUUAUUCCUACAACAUCUUUUAAACCAGUGAAUGAUUACAACUUGUCACAGCUGGCAUUUGAUCUGUAUAUGGCAGUCAUUUCUGGAUACCAAGAAGCUGUGAGGAAUAUUUUGAUGUCUCAUCCUGAUGUUGAUGUCAACAUCUCUGUGAAAGGAGCUACAGUUCUCUCGCUGUCCCUACAGAAAAGACAGUUCCAUAUAUUUUCAAUGCUUAUAAAGCAUCAGGAGAGGAGCAAAAAAUUUGAUUUGAACAAAUGUAGUAAAGAUAGUUUUAAUAGAGUUGAGCCACCUGUUAUAACAGCAUGCAGAAUGCAUUUCUUUGAAGGUGUUGUAGCUUUGAUCAACAAUGGUGCUGACAUUGAUGCUACAGAUCAUCUUGGCCAUACAGCAUUAUGGGUGGCUGCAAGACAACAAAUGCCUGACUUAGUGGAAUACUUAAUUGUGAAUGGUGCUAGUGUGAACAAAACUGAUGUUUAUCAUCACACCCCACUGAUUACUGCCAUGAUGUACCGGGUUAGCUCUGGGAUCAUUAAAAUGCUCAUCAUGAACGGCAGUAGUCUGGAAGGUCCUCGCUACCCGGCAAACACACAGCUUUCUCCCUUGUUCUGGUCACUGAAAUACAAAACACUAGAAAUUCUGAAAUUGCUCAUUCAUGUAGGUGUUUCAAACAGUGAAAUUAGGUAUGUUAGAAAAAUUCUGUAUGCUCGGAAUGGAGAUCCUCAGCUCAUUGAACUGUUAGAUAUUGAAGCAAAAACACCAAGAACUCUAAAACAGAUCUGCAGGAGGGAGAUCAGAAAGCACAUAAGUGAUGUUUGCUUAGGAAAGACCUUCAUUCACAAACUCAAAGACUUGCCAAUACCAACAGUGUUAAAACAGUAUUUGGCUUUGAAGUUGUGAAGAAAAAUUAUUUUAGGUCAUAAUGCCAUCUAUGUUAGCAUUGUUUGUUACACUUAAUGCGUAAAAGAUUUUAAAUGUCUAAAUUGUAUGACAUCCUUUCAUAGCAGACAUUCUGACAAACAUUUAUGAAAUGCAUUUUGUUGUAGCUUUCCCAAUUAAUCACAUUUUCUUUCUUUAGAGUUAGCUUUGAAAGUCUAUUUUAAUAGUUGUGGCUUAUUUAACAAAAGGAUGUCACUAAUGAAUCUCAACAUUCUUUUCACAUUUUACAAUAGUCAAUGUAUACAUGAAUAAGACGUCUUCAUGGGUGAAUGUGCUAUGUUAUUAGAAAACACCACCUCUACUGACCUAUAAGGUCAUGGUCAAAAUGUUUGCUGAUAAAUGUUUUAUUGUUAAUUAAUAUCUCUAUUAUUUCCUUUUGGAUUUUAGUUCUUGAUUUGCAUUGUCUCUUAACAUUGGGUUAAUGACUAGUUAUACAUGAUAUACAUGUAAUGGAAACUACAUGGACAAGUCAUCAAGCAUCAUAUUUAGCCGAAGUAUAAAGUCGCAAGGAUGAAGAACAGACAAGACAUUGAACUAGAGACACAGGCAAACCCAACAUUAUUAGACAAUAAGUAUUUGACAAAAAUAUCAAAAUAUUGUUAUAACUGAAUGUUGGGGUUGAUAUUAAAUUCAGUACUUUAUCUAAAAUAAAAAAAAAAUGCUAACUAUAUAGUAUGAUGCUUGUACAAUUAUAGGUAUUGAAAAGCGAAAACUGUCAAAUACGAGUAUAGUGAGUAUACUGCUUUUAUCCAUAAGUGGUCCACAAUGAAAUUUAAGGUACAGAGAAGAUGCACCUUUGUUUUUUUCCACAGUCCCCUGUUUCAUCAUUGACUUUGUUGAACAGAACAGCUUUAAAUGAUGUACUGGUAAUUGAGCCAUUAGACCGUAGGAAAUUAUCAGAGAACCAUGUCCAGAAUUUAAUGCUUGGAGCAUAUCUCCAAAAUAAGAAUUAUUUAAAUGAAAAAUAUGUAUAAAAAUAUGUAUUAUUAUUAUUAUUAUUAUUAUUAUUAUUAUUAUUAUUAUUAUUAUUAUUAUUAUUAUUAUGUCAGAGAAGUAAUUCUUUACCAACAUAAUAAAAGAAAAAAAUAUUUAGUUUUGAAUCUACAUGAUUCAGAUCUAAAGGGAAUGAUAUUUUCUGUGUUACUAAGUAACUAUGAUAUGAAUGAAGAGAACAAUAUAGCUUAUAUAAAUUCUUUUGUCAAUGACUGUAAGAAUGUAGUAAUAUAUGAAUUGUGUAAGCCGAUUAAUUAUAGUGUGUUUGCAUCCAACUUUUUAAGUGGAAUUUGCUUGUGAAAACCCAUAAUACACAUCAUGGUGGAUGAUAGAGAUGUUUCAUAUCAAACAACAUUUUGUCAUUUUCUAUGACAUAGUACGGCAUUCGAGUCAUGUACAAAUACUGUGUUGUACGUUGCAGCGGACAUCUGUGGCAUUGUGUGAGACAUGUACAGAAUCGAUGUGCCACUAAUGGACAUUAAAAUCAUGCAGUGUUUCCAACAAACACACUUUAUAGAUGUUAACAUACAUUAACAUACUUGACAUAGUCAUGAACAAUCUCAAACAGUGCUCUCGGUUUAAAUAGUUUAUAGGAAAUAGCAUUUAAUGCACUUAUAACAUGUCUGAAUAAUAAUGCACCUAUAACAUGUCUGAGCUACAUGGAGGGAAUAAUUCUCUUGCAGUGGAACAUUUCUCCUUUGUUUUAAUGGAAAUGUAUUUACUGUCCCAGUAAUCUCUACUGUUCCUAGGCAACAUGACAUGUAUGUUUCAAUAGAAUUACCUGUAACAGCUGAUAAACUGAAAGAUGAUAUGUUGCUGUGGUUACUGAUCUAUAUCUGCAGUCAUUAGAACUUGAUAUAUAUACAUUUAGCUGACUUAAAUACAAUACCUUGUAUCUGUGCAUGAAUUGUAUCUUUUCUUGUACACACCUUUGAUAACGACAUGUUGGGUCACUCAUGGUGGGUAAAUAAGGCUGGCUGAUGGAGUCUAGGAAAUUGUAUACUUUCUUAAUUGUGUAUUAUUUAACAUAAUCUUUUUUAUAAAUUGGGGGCAUAACAUUCUGUCAGUAUUAGUACCUUGUUAAUCUAUCUUGUUUAUAACAAGCCAAAUCACAAAAGUCACUGCCGAAUUAUGGCCCUUUAAGUAUAUUUUCUUCUAUCAAAAUUUACACAAAUUGACCAAAUGUCUCCUCUAACUUGAGCAGCAGUUAGCCUAUGUUUACGAGCAUUAAAAUCUUAUACAUUCUGGUUACAUGUAUAUAUAACAUCCCAGAUUGCUAAGGUCACUCUUGACCCCCUUGGUCCUGUUUAAAAAUUAGCCAAAUUGAGACUGUCCACUCUCUAAUCUUGUCACAAAACUUUGUAUAGGGUAAUAUAUAUAUGAGGGUGUUUGAAAAAGCUCUUUUGGAAAAUUCCUUCUUAAUUGAAGAACUAUGACUCAUUAUUUUUCAAAAUGAGCACUGUCUGUUCCCUUUAAACUUACACUGAAGAAAUUCUCCAAUCUUUACCAUAAUUGUUUACAAUAUAUAAGGGCAUCUUUCUCUGAUAUGUAAGAUAACCAUUCUAAUGCAUGGUAAUUGUUCACUGUGUACUAAUGGCUCCAAUGAUUAGCGUGUAAUGCUAGACCUGGCAAAACUCUAGUAUUGGUAUAGUAAUGUAGAAUAUUUUUGUAGUAUUUUUCACUGCAUAUUGCCGUUGUUCUCAGAAUUUUCAAGAAACAAAUGAUCUCUUUAUAACCUCUUGCCAUACAUGAUUGUUUAUAGUUCAAUGUAUUUAGAUAUAUUUAUAAGCAAGAUAGCUAAGUCAUUUUGUGCAGGAGGUAUUAAAAUUAUAUUGGUGCACAUGUAUGGUUAAUUAAGUACCAUUUUACAUUUCAUGUACAUGUAUGUGCUUUACUUGUAUUUUUGUUGCAAAUUUUUUGAUGUAUUGCUUGUCGAUGAAUGUUAAUAUAUUUGUCUAAUGAUAAUUAUAUAAAGUAAAUUAUGUCAUGAAUAAAUAUUGAUAAAUUAUCA